AUCUGGCAACACUAACUAAAUAUCAAACUUGUUUUAUCUGGCAACACUGGUUAAAUAUCAUAGUUUUAUAUCUGGCAACACUAACUAAAUAUCAAAGUUUUUUUCUGGCAACAAUAAAAUACUUAAACCCCAAAAACAGUUGUUUUUUUUAUUCGGAAACACUGCUUAAAGAUUUAAGUUUUUUAUCUGGCAACACUGGAAAUUAAAUAUUAAUUUAAUUUGGGAACACUGAAUCGCGACGUUGGAUCGACUGCGUUCCAGAACUUAAAACUGCCAGAUGUUUCAUCAAGAUGUUUUCGUGGUUUUCGCAAUUUCGUUGAUGAUUUAUGACGUCACAGAGGCCUCUUGUUCACGAGAGGAAUUCGAAUGCUCGAAGUCGCGAAAGUGCAUUAAGAGAGAUCAGGUAAGGAACAAAUUAUGGAACUGUGGAGCAAACGACACGAGCGAUGAAAAUAAACCACUCGCUAGAUGUCACCCGAGGUCCGAGUUUCGUUGCCGUGGUAACGGGAUGUGUGUACCACGUGACUGGAUAAAUAGAGAGGUUUAUUUAUGCGCCGACGGCAGCGACGAUGGGGGGGUUCGUGGGUUUCCCUGUAUACAAGGAGAGGAGUUCAGGUGCCCCACCGGUCGGUGCAUUCCCCGAUUUAAGGUCUUCGAUGGUUUCAAAGAUUGUCCGCACGGUGGCGCUGAUGAGAUGGUUGAGUCAAUUUUUGAGUGUGACGUCACAAAGGAAUAUCGAUGCGCUAACGGAAGAUGUAUUCCGCGUGAAUGGGUGAACAAUGGAUUACGCGACUGCAUCGACGGAAAUGACGAAAGCAUGUUGAUGACGUGCAACGAUGAUGAGGUCACGUGCGGGGGUGGGUGCUUUCCCCGAUAUGUGGGGUGCGGUGGACAUCUAGAAUGCACGAAGAGCGAGUUCGCGUGUGUUGUUAAUGACGUCAUAGAGCGAUGUAUUCCGCGAUCUUGGGUUAACAAUGGGUUGGACGAUUGUGGGGGCGGAAGUGACGAAGCUUUGACGUCAUUACGCUGUCAUAGCGACGAGUGGUCAUGUGACAAUGGAAGGGUUUGUCUACGUCACAAUCAGCUUUGUGACGGAGUAGCUGAUUGUUUGGAUUGUAGUGACGAAACAAUCAAGUGCUCUAUUGACGUCAGAAGAAGAUAUUUCUUGUGUCUCGAUUCAUCUGGAACAAUGGGCGAAACAAUGGGGGAGCACGGUAUUGUGACGUCACACUGCAUAUUAAGAAGUUACUUCUGUGACGGAAUAGUCGAUUGUUUAGACGGAAGUGACGAACAGGAAGUCGGGGUUGGGUUUAAAUGUUACGUCACAAGGACAAGGAAAGGUAUGUCAUCAACCAAGAAAUGCGUUCUCCCCCUCUCAUUGGUCAACGAUCACGUGGUCGAUUGUGACGAUGGUUCGGACGAGAACCAAUCAGAGGCCGAGAAUUUGAUCACGUGUUUAACCGGGAAAUUUGAUUGGUUAAACCCGGAGAAGGUUCGAACCAAUCAAAUAUGUGAUGGGGUCCUCGAUUGCUUCGAUCUAUCUGACGAGUGCCUCUGUGACGUCACAGUACGGAAUCGAUUGUCCGAUGACGUAGGUCACGUGUGUAGUGAGGUAGACGGUGAUUGGUCGAGCUCUUGUCCAAUAGGAAGCCACCACUGUAAACGGGACAACCAAUCAGAUAUUUGCUUGCCGAGAACUCGGUUUUGUGACAAAACAAUCGAUUGUGAUGACGUCAUAGAUGAAAGAUUCUGCCGCGCGCCGAUAAUGACGUCACAGAGGAAUGCAUCCAGUGAGAAUACCUUCGAUUGUCCGCUAACAGAUUCUCUCGAGUAUUUCUCAUCGAGGUAUAGUGACGUCACAAUAAAAGCGACGCGAUGUGACGGAAGAGCUGAAUGCUUCGGAAUGUAUGACGAAUGCAACAAUGACGUCAGUGCUGGUGACGUCAUAUGCGAACAACCUCCGAAAUACUGCAAACAUUUGGCGGGAAAGUUCUUAUGCAGCGAAACAUCGUUUCAACCGCUUUACCCUUCUACUGUUUGUGACGGAAUAAUGGAUUGUCAUAACGGAAUAGAUGAGAUGUAUUGUGACGACAUUAGGUUCAUCUGUGACGUGGAUAUUAACUCACCGGCGCCACCUAAGGGUAGGAAAGUGAGCAUUAAACUCACUCAAGCAUGCGACGGUCACGUGGACUGUAUGGACCAAUCAGACGAGAGGAACUGCUCAAACCAUUUUUACUGCCAUGACAACGGGAUCCCGUUCUUUGUGGAUAAAUUGAAAAUACUGGACGGUCAUGCCGACUGUGGGGACGGAAGUGACGAAUGCCCUGGUCCUGACGUCAUCGAUCCUAUAUCGUCACGUGACGAGAUGAUAAAGUUACCAUGGUUACGAUGGUUGCUAUGGAUGGUUGCCAUAGUUUCCAUAUUAGGAAACACGGUUGUUAUGGUGACAACGUUUUGGCGGGAACUCGUAUCGACCAAUCACAACAGGGGAAAGUCUCACAGGGGGUUACCCCAAAUCGCUCCUUUGUCGAAAUGCAAUGACGUGUUGGUGACGAAUCUGGCGGCUGCUGACGUCAUCACGGGGAUUUACCUGCUGAUCAUCGGGUUCAAAAGUUCAAGUUUCUCCGGUUCAUAUUGUCAACACAAGGUGUCGUGGCAGAGCAGUUCAACUUGUCGACGUCUCGGGGUGCUCAUUAUGACGUCAUGCGAAGCAUCGACUGGUAUAAUGGUGAUUAUGACGACAUAUCGUCUCUAUGCCGUCAUAAAGCCGUGGAAGGUUGGUCACAUACGACCUCUAGUGACCGCGCUGUGGAUGGGGAUGGUUUGGGUUCUUAGUUUCGUCAUCGCUGUGAUUCCUAAUGUCAUCGAUGACGAAUUUGUGACGUCAUUGGUCGUCAACAGAAACGGGUUGACGUAUUUUGGCUCAGAAGUCGUUUCCAAGGAUACAAUGACGUCAUUCCUGAAGAAGGCGUGCGCGAUCGUUCAUGACGUCACAACUAAACCGAAGGUAUGUGACGUCAUGAAUGGUACGUUUGUGACGUGGAACGACAUCAACAAAGGUUUGGGCGAAAUGUUUCCUGAGAUUGAGUUGGUUGGGAAUAUCGGCUACUUUGGCAAACAUGGCGUCUGUUUGCCAACUUUCUUUCCAACUGUGAAAGAUGGGAUGACAGGAAGGGCCAAGAUUUAUACUGGAUUUGUAAUGGGGGUCAAUUUUGUGGCGUUUAUAUACAUUGCAUGCGUGUAUUUGAUGGUGUGGGCUAAGUCUUCAAAGCUCGGGAAAAGAAGAGGAGCUGGCGGGAACGAGAAGCUUAAAUCCCCGCGGACUGUUGCGGAAAAGCGCCUUCUUAGUAUGCAUAAGCGUAUAGCUCGUUUGGUGCUUUCAGAUUUUUGCUGUUGGAUCCCGGCGUGUAUUGUGAGCUUCUGCGGGAUUUCAGGCGUUGAUCUCCCGCAGUGGGUUUAUCCUUUCACCGCCGUUGUUCUGCUACCGAUUAACAGCGCCCUGAACCCGCUUCUUUACUCUGAUGUUAUACAGACUGCAGCUUCGAAUUUAACAUCUAGAAUUUUUGGGCGAUUCCGCGGGAAAUCAAGCCCUCCUAUCCCCGCCAACAGCCUCAGCCAGUUUCGACGUUAUUCUGUCACCGGGAGAACAGACCAAGCUAUUAUGACGACAAAAAUAAUGACGUCACCGAACAAUGGAAAACUUUUGAGAGUUAACAAUGGAAAUGCUGAGUCAGCAAAUCAUGAAUCAGCAUUAAAAGUAACAACAAGUUUGAAAACUAUUAUUUAAACCUCACGUGUUUUAACGACUGUAGUUCUACUGCUAAUUCCCUUCGUUGUUUCAAUUAAUUUGAUCUUCGCUAUUGUAUUCAAAACUUUAAAUUACAAUUUAAGUUACAGACA